AUGGCUGCUAGGCAACAACCGAGCACCAGCAGCAAUAGUGACACUACUUUACGACAGCAAAUGCAACCUCAAUCAGGGACAAUGGGGUCUAAAUACGAUGACCUCCCCAUACUGGAUCUUGCUGACAUUAUUUUCAUCGGUGAAAAUCCUAAGCCGGUUGGUGAAGUUCCCGCCUUCUUCGGGUCCUUUGAAUCCGCCUGCCAACACGGCCCCCUCUCCAUCAUUCAGUCCAUUGUCUCACCUGAAAAUCUCACACCCGCUUUUCUUCACCAUGGUCUAACACGUGCCCUACGCUCUGGCAAUAUUGAGGUUGCUCGUUAUCUCCUCGAUACGGGCGCACCAAUUGUUCGCGAAACUCCAAGCAAUAUCUUCUUUGUACCUUUGGAACGACAGAUUGCCCUCUUUGAGCUCUUUACCCAGCAUGGAUGGACUCCCAACACCACAGGUCACUACGGUAGUACCCUUCUCCCUCGGACCGUCAAGAGCCUCCCUCUUCUUCGUUGGUUCCUCGACCAUGGAGCCAAUCCCAACCUUGGGGUGCAGCAAACCAGUCAUGAUAGGCGUGGUGGGCCAGAUACUUCCUCGUGUGUUGCACUCGAAGCAGCUGCAGCUAAUGGAGGCGUUGAAGCUGUGCGUAUGAUUCUAGAUGCAGGCGCUAAGAUCCAAAACGGCGUGCCGCUGCAUUAUGCCGCCGGGGCUUGUCCUCCCGGUACGAACCCACAUGCUGGUUGCGUGGUACCGAGUCAGGAAUUCGAUACUAGUAGAAUUCCUGUAAUGGCACUACUGGUUGAUCGUGGGGCCGAUGUUAAUCAGAAAGAAGAGUCCCGACAUAUGGUCGCACAGUAUGCGAUUGUGUAUGCGGUGAUGGCAGGAGCAGUUGAGCGGGUCAAGUGGUUGUUAGAGCAUGGAGCAGAUCCAUAUAUAAGAGGGAACUGGGGUAGCGCAGCUGAGUAUGCACAAAUCUCGGGAAAUGAAAAAAUAACAAAGGUCAUUGAGGGAUUUAUGAAGGAAAAUGAUUGA